AUGUCGUCCUCUCAGUACACCUACAACCUCUCCUCCCUCGCCUACUCCCUCCCUCUCCUCCACGCCGCUGCUCAUCCCUCCUCUACUGUCCAAGGCGUCUUCCUCGCCAACCCAUCGGCAGCUGGAACAGCAAGCACAGGCGCCGGCCGCCGCCCCCUCGAGAUCACCGAGGCUAUACCUGUCUUACACGCCGAGACAACCCUGACGCCCAUGCUUGAGGCGGCGCUGGAGCAUGUCGAGGUGUAUGCCGGCAAGAAGAGCCUGGUGGUUGUGGGAAUGUAUGAAGUAUCCGAGGGGGUGUCGCUGAGUCGGGCGGGCAAGGCGUUCUUGGGUGGUAUCAAAAAGAGCUGGGCCGAGUCUUUUGCGUUGACGGUGGACAUCAAGCAAUUAAGGACGGGCGGCAACCCUUAUGUCAUGACGCUCGCGUCUGACCCCAGUAAGAAUCUUCAGGACUCAGCGCGAUUAUCGACGCCCGGACCGAAUGCGACAAAGCAGACUUUGAUGAUGAUCAAGGGGGAGAAGCUACACGAGCUUCUUCGCGACUUCGACGAUCACCUUGACGAUUCAUCCGCAGAAUGGCUGGAGAACAAAGCGUUAGCGGCGGCUAUUGCGAAGAGCAUCAAGUAG